AUGAGGCUUUCACAUGUCGAGGCUCGAAUCGAAAAGCAGCUCGAGCUGAUGAAUAUUAUUUCUACCACUUACGACAACCUGAUCCGGGUUGACUCCCAUACUCUAACCUCUCAUCGAGUAACUACAAGACUCGACGCAAUGAAGGAAGAGUGGCAUAAAUUUUCCACUGUCCAUGAGGCCUUGGGCCUUGCCAUACGUGAGUUGUCACCAGAGGAUAAACUAAAGGUGACAAAUCAUUCCUAUUUUAAGGACAAUUUAUAUAUCGUUACGCGAGAGAGCUAUCUUUCGGCCUUGGAGAAAAUACACGCAAUGCUCGACGUCGGUCACGGAAACGACAAUGAAAUGAUCUCCGUUCUCCCUACUCAUUCUACAUCGCAUUCAACACCGACAGUCUUUCCGUCAUGUUCGCAUCAGGUGCGACUACCUCGGGUUGACCUUCCUCGGUUCACUGGGAACUAUUCGGAUUGGUUAUCCUUCAGGGAGUUAUUUCAGGCACUGGUGGUCACGAAUCCAUCGCUUUCGGCGGUAGAAAAGCUGCAAUAUUUGAAGAGCAGCAUAGGAGGGUCCGCCGCAUCCUUGCUGAAAAAUACUGCACUCACCGCAGCCAACUUUCAAAGAUCCUGGGAGGCUUUAAUUUCAUUUUAUGAGAAUAAAAGAUUAUUGGUCGACGCCGAACUGCAUUCAUUAAUGAAUCUCAAGAAAAUGACAAAGGAGUCGGGUGCAGAACUGGAGCAGUUGUAUACAAAUCUUUUGGAAAUUUACAGAUCCUUAGAGGCCUUACAACGGCCCAUAGAUAAAUGGGACGAUUUUCUAGUUUUCAUCGUUACACAAUGCUUAGAUCCGGAAUCAGCUAAAGCGUGGGAGCUCCAUCUAGGCUCCCUACAAGAACCACCGACUUGGGCACAACUCGACGAGUUUUUGAUCGCUCGCCUUAGAGCCCUCCGAUCCUUUGAACGUUCUAGAGCUGAAAAGCUUAGCAAUAAAUUACGGCCGCUCGUGGUCAAGUCACAUUUUCAAGGAAAGGAGAAGGAAGUCCCCAAUAACACCAGCUACACGUGUUCAAUCUGUUCCGAACAACACCAUACUGCCGCAUGCAGCCAAUUCUCAUCAAAGACUCGGAAUCAGAAACUCGCUCUUAUUAGCAAACACCAGUUGUGUUUUAACUGUUUAGGACUACAUCGAGUAUCCAACUGUACUACAACUAGAAGAUGUCAACGAUGUGGCAAAAAACAUCACACUUCCAUCCAUUUGGAAAUGUCUCAGGCGGCUACCUCUAAACAGAAUUUAGAUGAAACUACCGAGUCGAUGGAUAAAUCAACGGAGGCACAGGUAUUUUUUUCUCAUUCGCCUUUGCCUUAUAGUAGGCAUCAAGUAUUAUUAGCCACAGCCAGAUUGCAUGUCAGCUCUCCAAGAGGAAAUGUCAUCAAGACAAGAGCACUCAUAGAUCCGGGUUCAGAAACUUCCUUAAUUUCAGAACGUCUAGUACGACGAUUAAAGUUAGACCGCCUUCGAUCAGUGGUAUUGUUGACGGGAGUUGGAGCGCAGUCUUCUCAAAAAACCAAGGGAAUGGUCCAACUGAAAAUCAAACCACAUUUUCGAUCUAACUACGAAGCCACUAUAUUUGCUUACAUCUUAACAAACAUCACUUCACAAAUACCUUCCACCAAUCUGACUAGUAAGUCGUGGGCUCAUUUAGAAGGUCUUCAACUUGCAGACACUCACUUUUCAACUCCGGGACCAAUCGAGAUGCUGUUAGGAGCCGACGUCUAUACUAAUAUUUUGCUAGAAGGACUCGUUAAAGGUCCGGCAGAUGCGCCCAUAGCACAAUACACAACCUUAGGCUGGAUUGUUCUCGGCCCAACUACGAACGAGAGUUCUACAUUAUCUAGGCAGAGUUGUGGUGUAUCACUAGACGACGAACUUUCUACUCUGGUCCAUAAGUUCUGGGAACUGGAGUCCGUACCCGUUAAUCACAAUACAUCGUUAACCACAGACGAACAAGAAUGUGAGGCUCAUUUUCUUUCCACUCACGCACGAGACGAACAAGGAAGAUAUAUAGUCAGGCUUCCCUUCAAAUAUCCGUCUGAUAAUUUGGGUGCGUCCAAGCAUAAGGCAACUCUUCUUUGUGACAAGUUAAUGAGACGAUUUUUGAAUGAUUCACAAUACGCUCGCAUGUACCAUGAGUUCAUGACGGAAUAUCAACGUUUGGACCAUAUGAGACAAAUCUCCAACUCAACACCUGAACCGACACACGUCUACUAUCUUCCGCAUCACGGAGUCCGAAAGGAGACGAGUCUCACAACGAAACUACGAGUGGUAUUUAAUGGGUCAAGUUCCACUACAUCUGGACGAUCCUUAAAUGAUCUUCUCCACUCAGGAGCAAAGCUACAAGUAAACAUCUUCGACGUGUUAAUCUGGUUUCGUCAACAUCACUUCGUGUUCUCGGCCGACAUCGAAAAGAUGUUUCGGCAGAUCAGAAUACAUCCGGAGGAUUCUAAAUACCAACGAAUCAUUUGGUUCAAUGAACACGGUCAUUUCACUACCUAUGAGCUCACCACCGUCACCUACGGUUUAGUGUGUGCACCGUUUCUGGCGUUACGGGUCUUACAACAAUUAACUGAGGAUGAAGGGGACCAUUAUCCACAAGCAACUGCUACCAUGAGGAGAGGCAGAUAUGUCGACGAUUUAUUCGGAGGCGCGGACGAUCUAGCUCAAGCACAAGCAAUUGUACAACAAUUGAGUCAGCUCUGCAUGGCGGGCGGCUUUCCGCUUAAAAAAUGGAUUAGCAACGACCCCAUGAUUCUGAGCUCGAUUCCUAAGGAGGACCGAUUAGACUCUUCAAAUGUGCACAUCGACGAUAACCUGAUUGUUCAUUCAUUGGGACUGCUAUGGCAUCCAGCCAGGGAUAGCUUUCAAUUUCGAAUAGAUUCGAUUCCUAUGAAUACCGUCACGAAGCGGAUUAUGUUAUCAACAAUAGCAAAGAUUUUUGACCCACUUGGAUUUAUAACCCCAGUGGUAAUUGUCGCAAAAAUAUUGUUACAGAGUUUAUGGACUCUAAAGGUGGAUUGGGAUCAAGCUUUACCACCCAGCAUCGUAGAACAGUGGACUAAUUUUGCUACUAGUUGCCGAGACGUACCUGGCUUGGAGUUUCCAAGAUGGCUCAGCACAACUACUUCUUCUACCAUGGAACUUCAUGGAUUUUGCGACGCGUCAUUGAAGGCUACGGCAGCUGUAGUCUUCAGCAGGUCCAAAGGAUCAGACGGAAAAAUAUCCACUCAGCUUAUAUGUUCAAAGGCUAAGGUGGCGCCGAUGAAAAGGCAUACCAUUCCGCGAUUAGAAUUGUCAGGAGCCGUCUUACUAACUAAGUUGAUCUUACAAAUACUUAAGGUUAUCGACAAGAGUACUAUAAGGAUUUAUCUAUGGACGGACUCAUCCAUCACACUCUUGUGGAUCACAAAUCACCCAUCAAGAUGGAAAGACUUUGUUCAUAAUAGAGUGUGUUUUAUUCAGGAGUCGCUACCAAAUGCCACAUGGAACUUCGUUCCCGGAAUUGAGAAUCCGGCCGACCUCGCCACUAGAGGACUCUCUCCGAGACAACUUUCAGCAACGAAACUUUGGUGGCGCGGACCACCUUGGCUGUCACAACCACAUGAUCUGUGGCCAUCGACUCUUCCAGGAGAACUGGGUGAGGCAGACAUUGAAGAACGACCCCAUAAGAUCUCGACCGUUCAAGUACGAGGCCCCCAAACAUGGGCCUUACUUGAGCGUUAUUCAAGCCUGAUCAAACUUCUACGCAUCACCGCGAUGUGCUUGCGAGCGAAAGCACGUUUCAAGAAAGAGGAUACCAAGUCAUAUACGAUUCCGAUAUCGCCUAUGGAGUUGAAACACGCAAAGGAGUAUUGGACUCGCGAAGUGCAACGUUGUAGUUUUCCUCACGAGCUACUGCUAAUUUCAUCGGGCAAAGCUUUGUCAAAGACAAGUCCCCUUAUUCGAAUGACACCCUACUUGGAUUCAUUGGGAAUUCUACGAGUAGGUGGACGCCUACAUUCCGCGAGUUUACCGGAGAACGCUAAGCACCCCGCUAUACUACCUAAGGACUCGAUAUUCACUUCAUUAGUAAUAAGAGACGCACAUCUACGAUCACUUCACGGCGGAACUCAACUUACGACAUCGUUUGUUCGGGAGGAAUUUUGGAUUGUAGGCGGCCGAGCUUCAAUUAGAAGACACAUCUGGCGUUGCAUAAUCUGCACCAGAUCCCGUCAGGAUAGGGCUAAACAACUUAUGGGUCAGUUGCCUACCACCAGAGUUACACCUGCUCGGCCAUUUCUUCACGCCGGAGUAGAUUAUGCGGGCCCGCUGACAAUCAAGACCUGGAAAGGAAAGAACGCCCGUACAUACAAAGGCUACGUUGCCCUAUUCGUGUGUUUUGCAUCUUCCGCCGUACACCUUGAAUUGGUGACUGAUUACACAGCGGAUGCUUUUCUGGCCGCUUAUAAGAGGUUCUCCGGUCGGCGAGGUUUGUGUGCCACUCUUACUAGCGACUGUGGGACGAACCUAAAGGGCGCUGACACGCAACUUCAAAAUCUUUUGACAGAAGCUUGUGAUGAAUCACAACGACUAGCAUCCCUAUUGGCGAAGGAUGGCACAGAGUGGAGGUUUAACCCUCCAUCAGCCCCACAUUUUGGAGGAAAAUGGGAAGCGGCCGUAAAAUCAAUGAAAUUCCAUCUCAAACGGGUUAUUGGAGACACCUUGCUAACAUAUGAAGAGAUGACUACUCUCCUGACUCAAAUAGAGGCCGUAUUGAACUCUCGACCGUUAUGUCCCUUGACAGACGACCCAGACGAUCUUGCAGCUCUAACCCCAGGGCAUUUCCUAAUGGGAUGUGCUCCAGCCGUCAUACCAGAGCCUUCUCUAGAGUAUGAAAAAUUAUCCCGUCUAUCCAGAUGGCAGUUGUUACGACAGUUACUGGAUUCAUUUUGGUCCCGAUGGUCUUCUGAGUACCUGCACAGACAUCAUGCUAUAUACAAAUGGAAUAAGGUCACUCCGUCUAUACAGGAAGGUGCAAUGGUACUAGUUGUGGACGAAAGAUACCCGCCGACGAAAUGGCCAUUGGGCCGAGUGAUCAGGGUCCAUCCAGGCCCGGAUGGACUUACCAGGGUGGUCACUGUAAAGACGCAGCUCUCAGAGCUGAAGCGACCGGUUACGAAACUUUGUCUGUUGCCAACUGAAGCAGACUCAGCAUCUCUGUUCGUCAACCAGGGUUAA